AUGUCGACAUCUCUGGCCCGCUCAGCUUGCUCUGGGAGCUCACUCUUGCGCACGGCACGCGUGGCAAGAUCUAGCGCCCAGGUGCGAUGCCUGGCCACCCCAUCCUCAUCCAGGACAAGCUUUAGUCAGACCCUCGCCGAGGGGCCGACGCUCGACGAGUUCAUUGCGGAGAACGUACCCGAACGAGUGGUGCUAGGCAAUGCUACAGGGCCGCGCCUCCCAUCACACUUGAAGACAUCUAUCCCGAAGGGCGCAUCGUUCUCUAAGAUCAAGAAUGACUUGCGCGGUCUCGGCCUACAUACAGUGUGCGAGGAAGCACGCUGUCCGAACAUUGGCGACUGCUGGGGUGGAAAGGAGGGUGCGACUCCUGAAGAAGGUCGCAAGGCGGCAACUGCAACCAUCAUGCUCAUGGGAGACACCUGCACAAGAGGGUGUCGGUUCUGUUCAGUUAAGACCUCCCGUGCACCUCCCCCGCUUGACCCUCACGAGCCUGAGAACACUGCGGAGGCCAUCAGCCGUUGGGGCCUGGGCUAUAUCGUCUUGACGAGCGUAGACCGUGAUGACUUAGCGGAUGGCGGUGCGCAUCACUUCGCAGAGACCAUUCGAAAGAUCAAGCAGAAGGCGCCUCAAAUACUGGUCGAAGCGCUCACAGGUGACUUCGCUGGAUCACUGUCUCAUGUUUCUCUUGUCGCGAAGUCCGGUUUGGACGUUUAUGCACACAAUGUCGAGACGGUCGAGGCAUUGACGCCUUAUGUUCGCGAUCGGCGGGCGACAUUCCGACAGAGUCUUAGUGUUCUCGAGCACGCUAAGAAGGAAGGUGUGCGUGUCACGAAGACCAGUAUAAUGUUCGGGGUAGGUGAAACAGAGGACCAGGUGAUGGAUGCUCUACGCGCAGAGCUCCGAAAGGUCGAUGUAGACGUGGUCACAUUCGGCCAGUACAUGCGGCCAACAAAACGGCACAUGAAGGUCGACCGUUAUGUUGAGCCUGCCGAGUUCGAACGCUGGAAACAAGUUGCAGAAGACAUGGGCUUCCUGUACGUCGCCAGCGGCCCGCUUGUGCGGAGUAGCUACAAGGCCGGCGAAUUUUACAUAGAGAAUGUGCUGCGAGGAAAGGGUACCGUUAACAGGACGAAGAAGCUCGUCGCCGACAGUGCUGUAGACAGCAAGCUCAGUACUGCGUCCCAGUAG